AUGGCACAAAUCCUGAAGGAUAUGGGAAUUACAGAUUAUGAGCCAAAAGUAAUCAAUCAGAUGCUGGAGUUUGCCUUCCGAUAUGUAACAACAAUUUUGGAUGAUGCAAAAAUUUAUUCAAGCCAUGCUAAGAAAGCCACUGUUGAUGCAGAUGAUGUGCGAUUGGCAAUCCAGUGUCGAUCUGAUCAGUCUUUUACUUCCCCUCCCCCAAGAGAUGGGCCUGCUCCAGCUGGAAGGAUAACCGUUCCUCGCCUGAGUGUUGGUGCUGUUAGCAGCAGACCCAGCACUCCUACUUUGGGCAACCCACCUGCACAGCCAGUUGCUGCUUCAAACAAAGCUGGAGCCCCCCCUGCGUCAGGGCCACCACCAAAUCAAAGGUUCGCUGUGCAGAUGCCACCCUCCCAAUCUGCUGUUGCCAAACCAGGUAACGAAACGGGUGCCAAACCAGCUGCUCCUGCAGCUCCUGCUGUUCAGAAUGUUAUGAUUAACCCUUCUCUGAUGGGGCAAAAAAACAUCCUCAUCACUACUAACGUGGUAUCCCAGAAUACCCCUGUUGAGUCACCAAAUGCAUUGAAAAGAAAACAUGAAGAUGACGAUGAUUAUGAUAACUUGUAAACAGCAUCAUCGGACAGCCUCAGUGCAUUUCUAAAGUAGAUAAAUGUAAUCAUGUUAAUUCGUAGAAAACAAGCAAAUCAAUGUUUAAUGUAGUUGUAAAACUUUUUUCUCCUCUUUAAGAUUGUUGAACUUUAGUAGGAUCAUAAAUGUUUCAUUAGAACUUGCAUGCAAAAAGAAUACUUAUAACUCAAUGUUAUUCAUCGUUUCAUUAUGUUGGAAGAUGGAAGGUCUAUUAAGCAUAGAAUCAUUUAAGAAGCUAAAGUUGUAUGGAGUUGGUACUAAAUAAAAUUUCAUUCUCUUGAUGUUUCAA